GAGCACAAAAAACCGAUGAUUAAAUAAACUUGAUAGCUAGAUAGAUAGAUAUGAUGAACGAGAAUUAAAGUGCAAAAUACAAAGCAAAACAUAAUAAUAAUAAUAAUAAUAAUAAUAAUAAUAAUAAUAAUAAUAAUAAUAAUAAUAAUAAUAAUAUCUAAGUGGAUGAUUUGAUGAGGCUAAGAAGAUGGUUUGCCCGUGCAAUCUUGACGUUUUGAAAGCUGAUGUAGGCCUCAGUCUCAUCAACCAAAAGUUUCUUCCAUUCCUUAUCAUCCACCAAAACAACAUUCAUACUUUCUUUACUCAUCGGCUUCAACUCACUCCCCCACACCAAUUCCGAUGGGUUAGGCUUCUUCGACUUCAUCUUCCCUUCCGAUUCGGACUCGGACUCGGAUUCGGAUUGAGCAACUGGGUUAGGCUGCUGCUUGAUUGGCGGCUUAGGCUUCUCUUCCGAUUCCGGUUCUUCACGUUCUUUUGGUUUCGAUUCGGAAUGGUGACGUUGAUUACGCUGCUUCUUCGGCUUGGACUUAUCCCUAAUUUUUGCCAUGUCUAGGGUUUGGUUUGUGUUUGCUUUUUGGUGUGGAAGAAAAGACGGUUGGUAUACCCCCAAUUUAUACAGAUUAAUUUCAAUGUCCAAGUAUUUCAAGGGACGUUUUGGGAGAAAAAGCAGAAAUUGGUUUAGUAAUUAAUUUAUAAAAGGUAUUGUCUAAA